AUCCUGAAGUGCAGGUGCAGCUUUACUAAACAACCGUUAUCGGUUCUGGUUCUUCUAACAAUCCGCUUGUGUUUAUAUCGUAUUAAAGGAGUUGGUGUGUUUAUAUCAGCGGCGUGAAUGUGAAGUACAGCUGAAGAGAGGUGAGAGAGAAUGGCUUUAAAUCAGAAUCAUUCUGAAUCCGGUGGAGUUAUCGUCAACAACAGCGAGAGUGUGCUGAUGACCUAUGACAAUGUGGAACUGGCAUUUAGUGAUGCAGACCGCUUACCCGAUCUAUUUAGGAAGAGCCGUAAGGGCAGCGUCUAUCUCACACCAUACAGGGUGAUAUUUGUGAGCGAGAAAAAGGAAACUCUACAGUCGUUCAUGAUGCCAUUUUAUCUGAUAAAGGGCUGUGAGGUCAAACAGCCGGUUCUUGGCGCCAACUUUAUCAAGGGUACAGUGAAUGCUGAACCUGGAGGUGGCUGGGAUGGUUCUGCAUCCUUCAAGCUGAUCUUCAUUGCUGGUGGAGCUAUUGAGUUUGGGCAGUAUAUGUUGCAGGUGGCAUCUCAGGCCUUGAGAGGGCAGCCUGUGACUGGAAACUUCGGCUGUCCUUAUAUGGCUAAUGGAGCAUACGCCUGCUCACCUCCUCCCCCAGCUAAUGGCAUGUUUUCCACUGGGCCCCCUCCACCUGGCUAUUCUUACCCUCCACCCCCAGCUCCAGGUGCAUUCUACGCCCCUCCUAUGGGUUUUGAUGGUGCUGCAGCGUACAUGCCCCCUCCACCAUACUCUGCAUCAGUGGCCCAGGCUCCUCCAGAUCUUGAUUUACCACGCACACCUGCAGCGGAAGCUAAAGCAGCAGAGGCAGCAGCGAGUGCAGGCACUUCUUCUUUUGCUCCAACCCACGUUUACCUCCCUGAUGACAAGCCCCCACCCUACUCCCCUCCUGAGGACAAGAAGAACCAGUAAACUCUGCACCAGCAACACAACCAGCUUAGUGUUAAUUCUCUGUCACACACACUUUCACACAGUUAUUUCAAUAAAUGCAUUUUAUUUCAUGA